GGCCGCGCGGGCGCCCGUCGCGGCUCGGUAUAAAGGCGGCGGCGGCGGCGGCGGCACCGCGUGGCCCGGAGCGGCGGCGGCCGGAGCGGGCGCAGCGGACGGCGGCGGCUCCCAGCAUGGGCGGCGACCCGCGGCGGCCCCGCGCCCGGCCGCUGGUGGCGCUGCUGGCGCUGCUGGCGCUGCUGGCGGCUCGGGGCGGCGCGGCGCCGCUGCAGCCCGGCGGCUCGGCCGCGCUCACCAAGAUCUACCCCCGCGGCAGCCACUGGGCCGUGGGACAUUUAAUGGGGAAAAAGAGCACUGGAGAUUUUCCUUACGUUGAUGAAGGAGAAAACAAGCUCCCGCUUUCAGCGUUACCUGAAAAUACGAAGCAGCUGGACGACUAUCUGCAGUGGGAGGAGAUGUCCAAGUAUUUGCUAAGGCUGCUGGAAGGAAAUGAAAAUAAAAGCGCUCACGUCGUAAAAGGGGGGCUCCCCUGGUACGCCCGCAGCGCCUGGGAGGCGGACGACGGCGGCAGCUGGAAGGACAUGAUGGAGUAUCUGCUUCAAGUUGUGAACACGAAAGAAAGCACUCCAAGUUGAAAGGUCUCUCAGCCUCCAAGGAAAGGAAUAAUUUCCGUAAGAGACUAUGUUUCACAAGCACUUGGUUGUAUCCGAUAACCAACAAGGUUUCUGUUCUGUAAACAAGAUUUCCUUUGUGUAAAAUAUCUAAAUACACAUAUUCUUGUAUGUCUCAGCAUUGACUAAACUCUCGGUGUCAUUUCCAAAGUUGCAUUUUCUCGCUCGAACUGCUUCGGUAUACGUAAUUGUCAAGGAAGGGUCUUCCAAGUAAUUGUACGACUUACCUGUCUAAUCAGUUCAUCUCUUAGUUUGGAGCUACAUGAUUUUUCAGCAUUCACAAUAAACAAUACGAAUACGAA